AUGGUCGUCCUUGAACCAUGGUUUAUUCCCGUUGAUAUUAUUUCUAUUAUGGGCACUGGCAUAGCUGCUAUACUAGGUCUCAUUUCUCUCCUUAUUAUUAUUUUUGAUAAAAAAUGUCAUACACUCCCAAUGAUGUUGAUUGCCAAUGCUUCAAUAAGUGCAAUUGCUUGGGGAUUUAGUAUGUUUAGUAUAGCAAUAUUUACAUUACAAAAUGAUCUUCAACAAGUGCAAACUUAUGACAUUUUCUGUAUUGUUCGACCUUAUUUUGGUUAUGGUCUAUGUGGAACAUUUAAUUUUUCAUUUACUCUUCAAGCCUUUUAUCGAUAUAUGCUCGUAGUUUAUCCGAAUCGUUUAUUUUAUCAAUCGACAAGAUUUCAAUUAUUUCUCAUAAUUUUAACAUGGAUCUAUGGUUUUAUUGUCCCUAUAGAAUUCAUCGCACGCGAUGAAGUUAUAUAUAAUGUCGACAAUCAAAUAUGUCAAGUACCACUUCAUUUAUCAUUUUCUGUAAUUUAUAUGGCAAAUUGUGUUUAUUUAAUUCCGAUCUUUAUAAUAAUAUUGAUUUAUUACAAAUUGCUUCGAUAUGUCAAACGAUUGAAUACACAUACGACUUCUGUUAAUAUUGUUGCUCGUGCACGACAUGAAUUAAAAAUGGUGACACGUAUCAUUACAAUAAUAAUGAUUUUAUUAAUACUUGGUAUUCCAUAUGUUAUCUUUAUUCUUAUGUCAUUUUUUACAAUUCCACCAAAAUAUCAUUUUCGAAUUGCUUUUAUUUUCCUUGAUGUAUCUAUGGGAUGUGUAUUGAUUGUUUUAUUUCUCUUUACUGAUCAAUUCAAGAGAUUCAUAAAACCAAGAAGAAAUAUCGAACCUGGUACAAUUGUACAUAUACCGAUAACACUUUAA